AACACUUACUGGGAAGAGAGGCCGGCGGUGCCCGCGGGAGAGCCGGAGACCGGCGGGCAGUGGUUGCUGGGGGGCAUCCCCCUCCUCCGCCCCGCCGCCGCACCGGGCAGCCGGGAGGGGCUGGAGGAGCGAAGGAGUUAAAGGGAGGCGCUUGGGAAAUCUGAUGCUAACGAAGCCCCAGGAAUGUUGCACAUUUCCAUUCCCCUCCAGCUUUCGGAGGAGGUCAGUCCCCGCUGCGGGCAGCCGCUCCGAGGAGCCCAACCCCGCGGCCGCACUUGUUCCGGGCGCUGCCCUGCACCUUCCCGCAGGUUACACCGAGAGACGCCGCGAUCGGACGGGACAGGGCGGGAGGCAGUGGGCGCGGCCGGAGAUGCCGGGGAGACGGCUGUGGUGGGCCCGCUGCUGGCUCGGCGUCUGCCUCUCGCUGCUGGGCACGGGAGGCGGCAGCACCGAGCCCUGCCGCGGCCCCUCCUGCGGCGGCGAGGCUCCCCCGCCGCCCUGCCGCGGGGCCCGCUGCGGCGGCAGAGCCGGCCGCCCGACGCGGUCCUUCCUGCACACCGCCACGCCGCUGCGGCCGCCGCAGGGCAAGGCGCCGCCCGCCGCCCCUCACGCCGCCCCGCCGCCCCGCCCGCCGGCCGGCAGCGCCCCGCACCCCGUCGCUAGGGGGGGCGCGCCGGAGGCCUGCCCCGGCGGAGACUGCGCCGCCAACGGCACCCGCCGCGACUGCCCGGGCCUGGAGUGCCGACUGCUGCCCCGCCUGCGGCCGCGGCCCCGCGGCCAGGGCUGUGCCGCCGCUGCCGAGGGCUGCCCCGAGCCCGCGCUGCUGCGAGCCGCCGAGAGAGCCGCCCAGUUCGCGGGGGACGACUUUGCCUACGCCGCUCCCGAGCUGGGCGGCGGCGCCCUGGGAGUGCAGCUCACCUGCGACGUCAAGCCAGGAGAAAAUGAAGUUCCAUCUGAAGAUGCCCUAAUAUUACAGCUGCACCUUGCAAAAGGGCACGAGAAAUUUACUGAAAUGCUAAAAAGCCAACAACAGAUCAUUGCCGAUUUGCAGCAAAAACUUGCUGAACAGCAGCACAUAUUGGUUAGCCAGCAACGGGAGAUUCUUGAACAGCAAAGAAAAAUGUAUGAGCAAAUGGAUCUGAUCAAAGUCCAGUAUGGCAUGCUUUUUGACACAGUGAAACAAAUGUCAUUUCAGAGUUUGCAAGAAGAUAUUCAAAGUUAUUUUGAAAGUCAUCUUCAAGGACUUCAGAACCAGGUCAGAAAUCAUCUCCAGAAGUCAUACUCUGUGCAUAAAGUAGAAGUGGAUGCAAAAGUGAUUAAUGUUGGGGAGUCUUUGCUGGACUGUGGCCUUUGUGAAAGUGAUGAAUUUUGCAAUUUCCAAAAGACACCUUCACAAUGUGAAAAAUGUACAUUGUGUCCUGCUGGUUUUUUCCAAAUGGCCGAGUGUUCUGCAAACUCUGAUCGGAUUUGCCAGGACAGAGAUGAAUGCACUGAAUCUCCAAGCAUUUGUGGUGAGAGGAUAAAAUGCCUGAAUACUCCGGGUGGUUUCCGAUGCCUCGGAAUUGCUGAGAAGGAUGCAGCUUUGGGACUGUGUGGAGAGGCAUAUUUCUUCAAUAAGGAAAUGCAGGAAUGCCAGGCCUGUUUAAAAUGUGAAGAUGGAAUAGUGGCCAUGCCUUGUUCCACUGUCAGUGAUACAGUGUGUUCAGCAACCAGUGAAAACAAACUCUCGGAGUCUUGGGCUGCAAACAUCAUUCUACCCUCUGUAAAGUCUGGCAUCUCUCAGGUCUACUCUGGUUUGAACUUGAAGAUAAAGGGAAAGCUUCCCUGUGAAAUCCUAUUGGUUGAAGAUAACAGCCUGGUAUUCAGGCAACAUGGUCUGUUGUGGACUGACAUAAAUUUUGCAGUAAAACACAACUGCAGGAAUUUUUUGCAACUUUCCUUAAAGUUAAAUGGCAGUGAGGAAGGCUACGAACUGAGUGGUGUUCGCAUUGAACAGCCAGAAGGGAAGUAUUUCCAGAGCACUAGUUUAAGUAGUGCUGCUGAAGUGGAGCCCAGCCAAACUCUUUCUGUGUAUUUGAGGAGCCCAAAUCAAUUCUGCAAUCAAAGUAAAGACUUAAGUAUUUAUGAUCUUAAUACCCCGCUCAGUUUGUUUUGGUUGUCCCACGAUACGGGUGCUGUGGCACUCAGUGCACAGAUGUCAACAGCAAUGCAUUACCAAACCAACUAUCGACCUACCUUUAAAAUAAUAUCUGUUUCCGACCCUUACAUGCUAAGUUUAUCUCAUGAUGGCAGAGCUAUAAAGUUCACUGAAACCGGUGUUGUCAAAUUUGUAUUCCACCAGGCAUUGUAUUCCAUGGGUCAUGCAUGUGUCCGGGAGGGCUUCUCCUUAAUUUCUUAUAUCAAUAGGAAUGGUACCAACACAGAAUUAAUGAAUGUAUUUAAAUCUGGGGUAAAUUACAGAGACACAUCGAUAUCUGCUUCUGGGGCCACAAAAGUUGAUGCUGGAGAUCUGAUUAGCUUUGAGAUACUUUCUCCUGCGCAGUGCAAUGUUCGGUAUUUUGGAGAUAGUUCUGGCAUUAGUAUGUUUAGCCUCAUCUGGAUCCCUUCAGCAGUUUCUAGUGCCAUAUCAGCCACAGUUGCUGUUACAGGUUUGCCUACUGGAGCUGUGAGAAACAAAUUGCUGGAUUUCACCCAGGUCUCAUCCAAUGAGAAGCAGAUACAGCUGGUUUCUUCUGGACAGCUUGCUCAGAAGUAUUUCAUUUUUACUGAAAAGGGAGUUGCCAGCCUAGCAUUUAACUUAAAGCUAAUCCACUCAUGCAGUGUGCUCAAAAUGACUCUGAAUCGGUUGACCAUGGAUCACAUGCAACCCACAGCGAUUGCUCAGCAGAUUGCAGGUCAGAUGCCAGAGGGAAGCAUUUGGACCAGCGUGUCCCUUCGCGCAUCUUUUGAAGUACAUAAUGGAACACUGAUAUCAGUUUCUCUUGACUGUGUGCGUGGAAGGAUCAAUCAGAUCACACAUGAACAUGGAACCAGUAUAUCUAUUUUAUGGAUUUCAUCUUAAUUUCUGUACAGUCAAGUUAGCACAGAACUGGGGUUUAAAUUGCAUUUGGAUUCUACUCUGAUUUUAUACAUAUUUGACCCCUUAUGCUGUGUUGACAUGAGCAGAUUGUCCCACUAAAAUGCUUUCAAUUUUAGGAAUAUUUAAAUAUAAUCUUAAUGGAAUUAUCAAUAUUUAAAGAAAAGAGAGCUUUCAGUGGUCCAAGAUUUUAUUACUUUUAACAUCUUCAGGCAGGGAACUUUGAAUACAGGUCAAACUCUCUUAUUUUUAAUUCAGCCGUCUCUUAAAAUGAGUUAUUUCUGGACCACAAGAAAUUGCAUGUAGAGGUAAAUAUUUGCGUUUUAGUACUGCAACUGGAACCAGCACAGCCAAAUUAUGGAAACCUGCUCUCAGUUUCUUCACUGCAGCAGGCUAAUAGCAAAACUAAAUGCACUUUGAGGCUAAUUUGUCUACAUCUUAUAAGAUGCUGUGCUUUCUAUAAAUGGAGAGAACAUGCCUCAAACUGGGGGUUAUACUAUAGUGACACUGGAGUAUACAGGCUUAAUAUUAUAGAAAUGGACAUGGGUCAAAAAUGGAACAUUGUUUUUACAAAAUGUAAUAAUUGCUCUCAACAAAAACGUUAGAACUAAUGACUGUUCUAAUUUCAUUUGGAAAUAACCUGCAUUUAAGCAAUUUGGGAAGACUCCUCUUUUUAGUUUUUGCCACUGAAAAGUUGCAGGAUGAGAAGGAAGGAAUUAUCUUCCAAAAAGUAAGAGUGUGUAGGAGAAAAUAAAUUCGUAUUAAAGCAGUGUCUUGAAAAUUAGACAUUUGGAAAUUAAACACAUUUUAUUAGGUUUCUUAUAAAUGACAAAAUAUUUUUAUGACUGAAAAGGAACACCAUUCACAAACAUACUUAUUUUGCUGAACAGGUACAUAAUUUGUUGUUGUUGUUGUUGUUUUGUUAAAUAACUCAGUUAAUUCUAAAAAGAAAUGAUGUCUUCAGUAACAUUGAUUUUGUCUUCUUUCAGCUCUUCCACCAAACUAUUAUUUCUUUUUCCAAUCAAUGUAGAGUGUUUUCUCGUUUUCUCCUCUCCCCUCCACAAAAGCUGCUUCACCCUCCUUUCUAAUUUCUUUUGCUAAGAGUAAAUGGCAUGCCCUGUCAUGUAGUUCUUUCACCAUCCCUACUAAAGAACAGGUGUAUGUAUGUCACAUAAUGCAAUUGCAGAAGGAGGACACUAAUAAGGCACUCACAGACUGCCUUACAUCAACCUUACUGAAAGAAGGAGUGCUAUGCACAAUAUAACUUUAAUGUAGGUGUCUGCCUGAGUAUGUAUAUCUAAAAUAUAUGCACUUUCCUGUGCUUUUCACCUGUUUUGGAGUUUGUCGCACUGCUUUUGCUAUAUAACCUCCUCCUAUAAUUUUCUGUGGAAGCAUGAACCCAAAUGCAAGAUUUUAUCUGGUGGUUCUGUUUUCACUUGUAACUUUGUAGCUGUGUCCUUAACACUUGUACUUGUCUUUCCCUCAUCCUUUUUUCUUGAAGUUUAUACUCAAAGGUAUGCAGGCUUUGAACAAAUUGUUCUUUUCUGAACAGAACCGUAAUUUUUCUUGCUUUUUGCUGCAAAGUCUAAGCAGCCCAUUGCAAGAUGCCUCACUGGGUGUUGUGCUGAAGCCAGCAUAAGUAUGCAAACCACAGUAAACUCAAUCCUGCUGUCCCCAAAGUCUGUGACAGAGGUCUUGGUGACUUUGUGUAGCCAGGCUUGUUCGUUCUGGCAAGGACAUGAGGAAGGAUAGGCUGAAGCUAAUAUUAAAAGUGUUCAACAUUUACAAAAUACUGUUAUUGCUACAGAGGAUAUUUUGUAGUGGUAGAGGAAGACUUCUGGAAUGAGGGGAGCUGCAUUAUGUAGGAGCAAAGCAGUUUUUCUGGGUAUUUCACUCUGGAAGUCUACUGGGACUGAAUGAAGAUGAAAUGCAACAGGAGUUAAACUUCUCUGACAUAUCCAUCUGCUUAGUAAGGCAAAGUAGUGAAAUGAUUCCUAGGUGGUAUCAGGGCCAUCAUAUCUUCUCGAACAAACUCCUCUCUACAAAGAGGUCGUUUUGUAAGGAGUGGGUCAAACGGCUUCUUCCUCAGAGAAGCCAGCAGCUCCUUUCUGUGCCAGGAUGAACAUGGUGUAAGAGGAGCUCUGCAGAGAGCAGACCUGGGUAUUUCUAAGGUAAGACAUGUUGAAAUGAUGUGCUUAUGGUUUUGUUUCAGAGAAAGUUAAGAAAUUUACUUUCUCACAGACAAAAUCCUUUAUUUUUCUUUGCUGUUUCGCGCUAUGCAGUUGGGUUGAAGGCUGCCACCCCGCAGUGUAAUACAAGUUAGGAGCCAUUUUUUAUUUAAACCUGUGUAGCAGAUAUCAGAAUCUGAUGUUAGACAUAACCUGAUACAUCUUUAGCAAAAUGCAGAUGUUACUUGAAUAUAAUAAGCAUUUGCCUAUAUGUAGCAUAUAGCAAAUCUAAUGGCAUGAUUUGUAUGACUAUGCGUUACCUGAGAUUGUGAUGUCAGUGGAAUUGCUUGAAUAUGGAGGAAAUAGAUGCUCAAAUCCUGUAUUGUCACAGGUUGGUAGUACUUGCAUUUAAAUGCACCAUUAUCAAGGAUGCAGAUGCUACCAAGGAGGUCCCAGUGAACAUUGUUAAAGCUGAGAGAGAUUUCAAAGUAUGAAUUCUUCAAUGUAGUAAGUCUUCUCCCUGGGUUCUGGGGGGAGUGUCCAUAAUUACCCUUAAAUUCAGAGUAGAUUUUUAGAUGCACAGUGGCAGAAAUGCAGUAUUUUGCACCCAUCUGGUGGUGAUAAUGCAUCUAAUACUGUUUUAGUAAUGUGAUCUGUGAUAAAAUACUCACAUGAUGAAAAAAAAGGUCUUAUUAAAUAUGCAGUAUUAAUUGCAACUUACAGCAAACUUAGCCUUAUUUCAAGCAAGAAAAGGCUGAUAAUUUGAGCCUCUUUUGCAUCUCUUCCUUUCGGGAGAAAAAAAAAAAGGCGCCUGAAUCAAUAGUUCAGGCCACUUGCUGACCUUGAUUAUAGGAACGUGAAUUUGGAGUGUGUUGGAAUCAGUGUGGAAUUAUAGUCAAAUUCAUGGCGUAGUAUAUAGCCUUUGCAUCUAUGAGAAUGAUAUAUAUUCCCCCAUACUAUGCAACAUUAAGUGGUGCACUAUGAUCCUGAAGAAGAUAAAGUUCAAGAGGAAUCAGAUUAUAUAGAAUGAAUGCUAAUUUUAUGGCACUUAUCCCAUUUGCUGUAGUAAAUUGCAUGUUUUAUUGACAGGUAUAUCUUAUUAAUUAUACUUACAACUUUUGAACUUCUAUAUUCAUUUUUUCAUAUGGUUUGUAUUAGUAGCACAAUAUAAUACUGUGAAGUACAGAAUUCAUUUAAAAACUUUUCUUUUGAACCUUUUGAUACCAUGUUCAUGAAUAUGGUUAGAAUAUCUGGAGACUGUCUCUCCAAUCCUUUCUGCCAGAGAGCGUUUCCAAGGCAGGUAUUCAUAAAGUAAUAGAGGAAGUAUGAGACUGGCAGAAUCUGGCUGUACAGAAAGAACUGAAGUGGAUACAUCCAGGAAGACAGGUGGUUAUUUCACUUCUGUUAUGCAGAUAAUGUUUGUUAUAGAAAACUUAACCAUUACAGGAGGAAAAUAAUUUAGGCUGUAUAGUGUUGUUCACACAAGAAGAAAAAGGGUUUGGCUUACAAAAACCUGCAUCAUUUUGUUUUGUGAAACAUUUCUCAAAUUCAAAGAUUUUACCUGAGUAUAUUUUAUUACCUAUACAAUUUUUUAUGCUUUCUAUGAAGUCAAAACUGGGCAUAAUAUGUUAAGUCUAUUUUAAUAUUGUGAAUGCCUCCUCUGUUCUGUGGUUUCUGCAGACUGCAGUACACUGUGAAAACUGGUUUCAAGUGGUGCUUUUUUAUGAAAUUUCCUACUUUGAAAUAUCACCUUGUUUUUUUAAAAAAAACUGUUUAGAUGCUUGCCUCUAUUAAUAUUAUAUUGUAAUAUGAUUUAAGAGAACUUUACUUAAAUAAAUAAAACAGUAAAACGUUGUGGGUGUUUAUGUUUGUUCUGAGGAUGGCUAAUUGCAGCUAUUGUGAUUUUUACCACUGACUUUUUUGGGGCCAGGAUUUCACAAAUGUAAUCUGAAUUAGUUACCUGUGUUUGCUGAAGUGGCAUUAAACAAGGACAGUAAUAGUACACAUUUCUAAAGAUCAUUUAGUCUACCUGUUUUGUGUUCUCACUGUCGUAACUGUAGAUCUGAGAAGAUUAGAAUUGCAUUUGACGCUACUACACUAAUAAAUGCUUGUGUCAGAAAAGCA